AUGGCCUCGAUUGGUUCCGCAGUGACAUCGGUUUGUACUGCCUCUCAGACCGAUAAUGAUUUUCUGGCCGAAUUCGCUCUCGAUGGGUCUGAGUCGGCGCUGCCUCGGGACUUCCGUAAUCGUCUGCAUAAAAUGUUUGAACGAAUCGAGCGCGAGUUUGAAAGAGAAUACCAGAAACUCUGUGCCGAAAACUAUGCCUUACAAGAGAAACUUGAAAAAUUUGAAGAUGUUGAGCAUCCGGAAUCCAAUAUUUUUUCGAAAAAGUUGAUGGCCAGUCAGUUGUCGCAUCGUUUAAAACUUCAGUACAAACAGUCCACGUCUCGUCUUGUCUCAAGCUUUCGGCCGGUCUCUGGUGGCCUCUCACUUACUGCAAGUGGUACAGGUCCAGGUUCGAACCCAGAUCCCUCUCGAUCGGGUUCGUGGAAAUUCAUCCAUAGUUUCACAGGUCAUCGCGAUGGAAUCUGGGAGGUAACUUGCUUCCGCAAUCUCGUUGCUACGGCUUCAGCUGAUGCAACCGUUCGUGUGUGGAAUAACUCAAAGUUUGCCAAUUGCCUCCUCGUCUAUUCCGGUCACUCGGGUUCAGUGAAUUCGGUUCGUUUCCGUGAGCGUGGGAACCUGAUGCUCACCUGCAGUGGCGAUGGCACUGCGCACCUCAUUCACCUUCCUCCUGUCUUCUUUGAGGAUGCUGCGCAGCAUCCAAGCGCUUGUCAACCACCUCAAGGAGCCUGCGCUGAUCUUGAAACCGGGAACCAACUCGAUGCGACCAGUGGCGGAAUUGACACGGAUGCUCCAAUUGAUGGAUCACUACACACCCCUGUUCUGCUUCGCGAUCCAUCAGCAGUAUUUCAGUCAGCGAGCCUGUUUCCCUCUGAGGUGUCGCCUUCAGGCGUCAUUUGCGAGGGUUCUUCCUCCCUUGACUCCUUGCCUCUGGCCGCUGCCGACUUUCUAUCAGGACGGGACCAGCUCGUGACGGCCAGUUGGGAUCGGCUGGGUCGCCUAUACGACCUCAAUACGGGGCAGGAGAUCCAGUCACUCGCUGGUCACGACCACGAAUUGACGGACGUGAGGUGCUGCCGAGACUCCAAUCUUCCGGUGGUAGUGACUUCGGCCAGAGAUUCUACAUUCCGCGUGUGGGAUUUCCGACAGCCUCGUCUUGAAGUUCACGUGCAGCAGGCUCACAGUCGGCCAGUGUCCACCGCCCAAUUUCUUUCCGGCCGCAGCUUUUACCAUGUUGUUAGCGCAGGCACAGAUCGCUCCUGUCGUCUCUGGGACCUUCGGAAUCUCCGCUCGCCCAUCUUCACCAUUCGCACCGACGCGAGCAUCAAUCGACUGGCGAUAUCGCGCGCAGGCGCUCUUCAGCGCAAGUGGGGGGCGGCCCCACCGGCCAACGAGGCUUCCACUACCUCCGCCCCUACGACCACUCCAGCUGACGCCCCGCCUACUGCAAUGCCUUGCAUUUUUGCGCUUCCUUUAGACAACCGGACGGUUCGUCUUGUUGCUGCCAAUGGAUCACGGAUUGGUCGUAUUCCUCGGAACAUCGCAUAUGGGCACACGAGCGUUAUCACCAGUGCGGAAUGGGCAGACGAGGGACUGUGCAAUCUCUUUACAUCUGGAUUCGACCAACAACUCCUCGGUUGGCAGCUCCAGAUUUCGUGA